ACUAAAACAACACACAAAAAGCAUCGUGUAUCGCUGACUUAAUAGACCUCUUCGAGAAAACUUACGUAAAUUUAAUCAAAAUAUUUCAGCUAUUGUCAUGCGGCGAGAGAUAAUGUAGAUAAAAGAGACUCCACCCAGAAAUUGGCCAAAGUCGGUUCCGGCAGAAGUGGUCGUCCAAGAUUCUCCGCGCGCUAUAUUCGCCAAGAUUAACAGCUCGCCAAGCUAACGGGAAGUAUUAGAAAAGUGCAUUUGCAAGGAAUUGCAAGUAAAUUUUAACAUAUUUACCUCGACAUGGCAAACACCGGCCUGUUAGUCCUAACAAAUCCCGCGAGUAUAAAGGGCCUGCUGGUCGUUAUUCAGAAGCACGUCCUGAAGACGUUGUACAUUCAAUACUUCCCGGGGAAGAAUAUCUUCGCGGGCAAUUACAACGCCGCGACGUUGCAGUGGAAAGGGCCUGACUAUUCCAAUAAGGUCGCCGACAUAUACAUGAAUACCUCUACCAUCGCCUCCCGCCUGGACGUCCGGGUUUUGCUCACCAACCUCAAGUACCCCGACAGAUUUACGAUAAGCACCAAGAAGCCGGUGGAGGUAGUGAUCUUCGAUCAGAAGUGCAGCGAGAAGGAGGCAGACACGUUCAUACAGGACCGUUUGUCGAACAAGUCGAUCAACUAUCGCUUUGUUAACUACUUAUACAUGAACUAUUACAACAAAGUGGAGUUGGAUGUUAGGAAUGCGAAGACUUACGGGAAUGUAGUGCUGGGUGGCACGUUCGAUCGGCUGCACAACGGCCACAAGAUCCUAUUGAGCGAGGCCGCAUUGCAUUGUACAGAAAGACUCACCGUUGGUGUGACGGACACCAAUAUGAUAUCUGGUAAAGUAUUGUGGGAGCUGAUACAACCGUGUGCCCAACGAAUAACGGAAGUCAAGGGCUUCCUGGAAGAUGUGGACUCGUCGAUAACACAUAACGUUGUUCCUAUCAAUGACAUGUACGGGCCUACGAAGGAGGAUCCCACGCUGGAGAUGUUGGUUGUGAGUGAGGAGACGAAACGCGGAGGUGAAAAGGUCAACGAGCUACGUUUGCAGAAAAAUUUAAGCGAAUUGGACGUCCAUACGGUAGAAUUGGCAAUUGACGAGGCUCACAAUGAAUACGAAGAGGCCAAAAUUAGCUCUAGCAAUCAUAGGAUACGAUUACUUGGCACAAGGCUUCGAGCUCCUAGAGAGGACAGAGUUAUGCAACCCUAUAUCAUUGGUUUGACUGGUGGUAUUGCAAGUGGGAAAUCUUCGGUUGCCGAAAAAAUGCAACAACUCGGGGCUGGUCUCGUAAAUUGUGACAAGUUAGCACAUGACUUGUAUUUACCCGGGACAGAGUGCUUUAACAAAAUAGUCGAACACUUCGGUUCUUCUAUUCUCAACCCAGACGGGUUUAUAAACAGGAAGUCGCUUGGUGAUAUAGUAUUUAAUAAUAAGGAACAAUUGGAAAAAUUGAAUAAACUAAUCUGGCCUUUAAUACUGCAAAGAGCUAAAGAAGAAAUAUAUCGUCUUUAUAAUAAGGGUUGUAAUAUCAUCGUACUGGAAGCAGCAGUUUUGAUUCAAGCUAAAUGGCAGGAUGUAUGCAGCGAAAUUUGGACUUGUAUUAUUCCACAAAACGAGGCUAUAAAACGAGUCAUGGAUAGAAAUGGAUUAUCUGAGGAAGCAGCGAAGUUACGAAUUGAAAUGCAACCAAGUAACACGGAGCAAGUUAAGGAAGCCAACGUUGUCAUAAGCACUUUAUGGAGUCAUGAAGAAACUUCAAUACAAGUAGAAAGAGCGUGGGGAGAAUUAACAACAGAUUUAAAUAGAUUACAAAAUAGAGCUUGUACCUACAAAUAACAUAGUCAAUCAUUCUGUGAUAUAUACAAUAUUAAUAUAUUGAGGGAAAUAUUGGUAAUUGAGGGGGGCGUAUCUUUGGUUACAUAAAUAACUACAACAGAGAUAGAUAUUAA